AUGACUGAGGGGGAAGAUGAUUUGUUCAAAAGGUUAGAAAGACUCAAAGCUCCCACAGAGCCCGUCAAGGUCGAUCCCGCUAUAUGGGUGGAGGAACGAGCUCGGAUAGCCAGAGAAGAGGAUGAUUUGCUCAGACGUUUAGCGGGUGAUAAAGGGACGUCGUUGUCUGAUGACUUGGAUCUCAAUUCGGUAGGGUAUGAUAGUCACUGGGAAAGAACAGAAGGAGAGAAAGGUCUGAAAGAAGAGAUGAAGGAUGUUUUGGGGAGAGUAAGGGAGGUCGGUAAAGAAAUACCUUCGUCAUCUCUAAUCUUGCCCGAGGACGAAGAACAUCAGUUGAUCGGAACCAGCGAGAACAAUAUGGUCGAGGAGGAGGAAGAAAUCUUAAGACGAGCGUUGGAAGAAGCUUCUAUAGAGGGUAUACACAAAACACAUGAAGUAGACUCAGAAGACGACAAAAGUAAAGACAAGUUGAUAGAUCAUGUGAGGAAGGACGUAGAUAAGGGACGAAUAGGCGACGCCCUACCUCGGCAAGAUCAGGAGACACCUGAUCCUGAUCCUGGAGAUGAGGAAUACGAUUUUCCAAUACCGCCACAAGACUUUCCUUCCCCAAACCAUCUCGACACCAAGACAGACAUUCCCAAAGAGCCAGAAUUGGACGAUAUGAUGAAACGUUUAUCAUCACUUUCGACCCCCUCACCUGCCCCAUUUGUCAAGAAACAGGAUGGUGGUGGGAAAUCGGAGAAGAAGGGUGAAGAGGAUGGGAGGAGAAAAAAGAGUAUGAUACCAGGUUGGGAAGAUGCGAGGGAUGAUGCUUUGGAGAGUUGGUGUUGUAUAUGUAAUGCCGACGCUACUCUGAUCUGUUCUGGGUGCGAAGACGAUCCUUAUUGUUCUACUUGCUGGCGAGAGGGACAUAAACAAGGGAGUGGAGAAGAGGGUCAUAGAGCGAGGAAGUUGGUAUGGUCCAAAGGGUGA